AGGGAUUUACUGCAAAAUUUUAAAUAGUUUAACAGUUUGAAGAUUCGUUAUGUUUCACUUACUAAACAUAUUUUAUGUACCAGUAAAUAUCAUCGGGUAACAAUUAGUUAAAAUAAAUAUAUCGGAGUUAUAUAUGUCGGAAUUAGUUUAUUUAAGUUGGUUUUUUUAUGGUAGGCUUCAUACAUAAAUGUAGUCUGUAACACGAAUUAAUACAUUUUUUUAUUUAAAAUAAACCUUAAUAUUUUUUAUAAAUUCUCCCUUCUCUUUAAUGAUUUUGUUAUUCUUAUCGAUAUUUAAAAUUUUAUAAUAAAAAUGGAACAAGAGAAAGUUAAGAAACAAUUGAGAUAUAAUCCAUAUGUACCAGAAUUUCUAAGAUUGAAGGGUACAGUUUUACCUCAUGUUAUUGUCCAAACUAUAAUAGUAACUUUAAUCAGUACUGUAGUGGUUAUUCUUUUCGAAUUAACUGACAUCAAAUUAAGUGUAUCUAAAGCACCACCAACAUCCAUAUCUAAUAUUUUUACUCAAAUAAUUGGUAUUGUGGUUGGUCUUUUACUUACUUAUAGAACAAAUACCGCUUAUGACAGAUAUUGGGAAGGAAGAAAACUUUGGUCCACGAUGGUUGUACAAAUUCGUAAUUUUACACGAUAUAUGUGGAUAGGAGUUAGAGAAGAUGGUAAGAAAAAGGGUGCUGACCCCCAUGGACAAGCAAAACCAGAAAUUGUUAUAGAGAAAAGAACCGCCUUAAAUUUAUUAUUGGGAUUCACAGUAGCGGUUAAACAUUAUCUUAGAGAAGAACCUGGAUAUCAUUAUAAAGAUUUAGAAAAUUUAAUUUCAAAUAUUCGAUCAAGCUUACCAGAAUUUUCAUCAGCAAAUAAUUAUGAAAGUGAUAUUACUCACGCACAAAAAUCUGGAUGGUAUACUCGCUUAUUUCGUAGAAAACUUAAACCUCAUGAGAGAGAGAAGGAGGAUCAUUCUCUUGCAGAACAAAAUCUUCCUCUGGAUAUAACUCUCUAUCUUUCUUCUUAUAUUGAUACUCAAGUUAAAAAUUCAUCAAUUGAUGUUCCAAUUACUAAUCAAUUAUUAGCCUCUCUUAAUGGGUUAUGUGAUUGUUUGUCUCAAUUUGAAAGAAUUCUUAGAAGUCCUAUUCCUUUAGCUUAUUCUAUUCAUCUUUCUCAAACUGUUUGGAUUUAUUGUCUUAGUUUACCUUUUUUUUUGGUUUCUGGUACUCGUUGGGCUACUAUUAUUGUUGUAUUUUUUGUUGCUUUGAUUUUAUUUGGAUUGGAACGCAUUGGAGCAGAAAUUGAAAAUCCCUUCGGAUAUGAUGCAAAUGACUUGGAUUUGGACGAUUUCUGCUCUCAUAUUAAACGUGAAUUAGAUACUAUCGCAGCCCAUCCUCCUCCAACAAUUCAAGAUUGGAUUUACACACCAGAAAAUCUUCCAUUUGAAAAUAAGGAAAUUAACGCUCUUGAUGUUGCUAAUCUCGAUAUUGAUGAUGUCAGGUCAUUACUUUCUGUUGGAUCAAAUCCUGAAAUUGGUAGAGAUUCUUUUGAUGUACAAGAAGGAGAAGGAGAAACGUCUGAGAAGAACAAGAAUAAUGUAACCGUUGAUGUUGGUGAAUAGAAAUGUAAUUUAUGAGAUGGGGGGAUGAGAA